CUCGCAUCGGGGGUUCGUCUCUCAAGAUGGCGGGCAGGGGCAUCAACUCCGCGGCCGACAACGGCGAUCAGUCGUCGGCGACGGAAAACGCCAAGUCCAGCGCGGCCAAGCAGUCCAAAAACACGCAGUGGGUCAAACUCAACGUCGGCGGCACCUGCUUCCUGACGACGCGUACGACACUGUGUCGCGAUCCCAAAUCGUUCCUCUACCGUCUCUGCCAAGAGGAUCCCGAACUCGACUCUGACAAGGACGAGACGGGAGCCUACUUAAUAGACCGCGACCCGACCUACUUCGGCCCCAUUCUUAACUACCUGCGGCACGGGAAGUUGGUCAUUAACAAGGACCUCGCAGAAGAAGGCGUGCUGGAAGAGGCCGAAUUCUACAACAUAGCCGAACUGGUGAAGAUGGUGAAGCGGCUCAUCCAGGAGCGCCAGCAGCACCACAAGUCGCGCGACGCGCGCAAGCACGUCUACCGCGUGCUCCAAUGCCACGAGGACGAGCUUACGCAGAUGGUCUCCACCAUGUCCGACGGCUGGCGCUUCGAGCAGUUGAUCAACAUCGGUUCGUCGUACAACUAUGGUAAUGACGACCAUGCGGAGUUCCUCUGCGUGGUGUCGAGGGAGUACCCUAGCUCCUCUUCGCACACGACAGACCGCGAGUUUGAACCAACUGACCGGGCGCAGUGGGCUGUCGCUUCUCACUCCCUGACCCCUGGAUGGUCUGGAAAAUCGAAGACGAACUCAUUCAGCAGAAGGCAGCCCGCAUGUGAAGAAACCGACAAGGAAGGAGCGACGACCGCUCCUGUCUUUUCCAUUGUCCCUCCGUCGAAGCCGUGGUUUCGUCGGCACCGUUUGGUAACACAUUUCUCACUUCUGCCCAUCCGCGCCGGAGGGCGGCGCGAAGAUGCCGCGAGGAAACACCGGACGGUGUUGACGCUGACGCAAGUGUUGUCGCGCCACAUUUGUGCCACCGAGCGAGAAGGGCUCGUCAUCUGUGACACUUGUUUUUGUACGAAGACAUGCCAUCCCCCCUCUCACCUUCUUGUGCACCCGUGUUCUUUCUCAUCGGCCUGGUGGCAUUGAAUCCCCUUCGGACUUAACAAGUGUGCGCGGUGCUGCGGUUUUCGUGCUCGUUCGUGACUCGGUGCCAGCCCAUGUACUUAAAAAAAAAUGAAAGGGGAAAAAAAAGGAGUCUGGCAUUCUGACUUGGCACACCCCAGCGCCAUCUGAGGACGAACAGAUGGCAGUGAACGAACAACUUGUGCUGACUGGAGUGCGUUUUUUUGGGGUACUGCAGGAAGCUUUAGAUUGGUUGGUGAGAGGUCGUGCUUUUGUCAACUGGUUUCGUGCCCCAAUGUCUGCAGGCUGGUUUGUAGUAUAAGUGCUCAUGCUGAUUGGGGGGUGGGGGAGAGUUUAUUACGGAAGGCAGUGUUGGCAGCGCUCUUCUCAGUCUUUUGUUGUUUUUUUCUGUGUGGCUUUUCCUUUUCCACGAUGCUGUUUUGUGUCUGUAAGCAAAUGUGGUGGUGCGAUUUGGCAAGCUCUGCGCAGUCCAUGUUUAACAUAUUGUUUUUGAUAUUCCUCGCUUCCCUAUCACGGCAAGCGAGACAGAGGACUGUGUAAACAGUGUUGUGUUAUUGCCAUCACCAUAUUCAGUUGCUUAAUGCAGUAGACACCACGAGAAAUUGUUCGCAUUUGCCCCCCAAUCGACAUAUUUUGCACUUUUGACAUUAUCUUGCGUGUUCUGAGAGGAAAGCAUACCAUUUCCAUGCAGCUUGCCGCAUUUCCAUUGUCCUCAAGCGGCAUUCGCUUUCGGUAACAAGCGUAAUGUGAUCUGAGAGAUUCCUUACGAAGGCUGCCAUCUUGUUUGAUUGCAAUGAGAUUUUGUAGGGUUUGGCGUACAAAAAACGCAGUGUUCCUUCGACGACUAUGUUGACUUUCAUGGGAAGUAUGUAGUUAGGAUGGUGGGGGAAGUGAGUAUGCCUGUGAUGGAACGAGUGCCCAAGGCCUACAGAGAAGCUCUUCGGGAUGUUGACUGCAUGCGUGUUUUGGCUCGCCUGUUGGCGAGCGGGAAGUUGCAAGCAGUCAGAAUGUCGUACAAGUCAGAGUGGCCAGCAGUGAAGACAACAGCCCGACAGGAAGCUAACGUUAAGCUUGCGCACUGCGUCGUACACGACAUUUCCAGUUGAUGAAGUAUUGUUUUGGGAGAUCCUUCUCGCUACAUCAGCCUUCGAUGCAGAGGCAGGUGUAGGUAGCAGUGUAGGAGGUAAAGUUGCUGUCUAGUCUGCACUCUUUGCAGUCUCGAGUUCCCGUAACUUCCUGUGUCCCCCCAUGAGCCAUGGGGUUGGCACGAUGAAUAAGCGGCUUCAACGAUCACUGACCAUUUGCCUGUGCACGCGGCCCACAGUUUGUAAUGCCUGCAUUCUCCGUUUUUUCUACGUACAACUCGACGCACAGCAUCUGAGAGCAACUUGGAGUGCGUGCGCUUUGGGAAGCACUGCUGCUCCUGUUGCUGCUGCUACCGUUUUCACACUGAGAAUGUUUCUAGUGAGUGCGUUUACUACAUUGUGUGUGCGUGUUUGUGUGUGUGGUCAUAGCAGUUACUUAACAUCAUGUGCAUCGUUUCCGUCGUCAUUGUCUGGUUGCCUUCAUGUGACCAUGUAGCUCCGUUGCUGCUUGGUUAUGUGCCCUAUCACUGUGUGCAGCGAUGACAGAGCUGGUAGGGUGUGAAAGGUAUGUCAGCGAAGGUGCGAACGACAUGCCUUUUCUUAACACCUUGAAGAAUUGGCUCUCCGUCUUGAUGUCUUUUAUUUUGUGUCACCCUAAGGUAUGUCACCGAAGGUGUGAAUGAAAUGCCUUUUCUUAACACCUUGAAGAAUUGGCUCUCCGUCUUGAUGUCUUUUAUUUUUGUGUCACCCUUAAUUGGCAUCUUUGUGAUGCCGAUCUUAGCCCAGAUGGCUGGCGUUGGUCCUCCUCCGUCUACUGCUGGUUGUCCUGGUUGUGUGAACACUUAUUAGGCUUGAUAAUGACGAUAAAGUUUUUCCUGGUGUUCGCGAUUGUUUACGGAGUUGCGUGAUUGUUUAAGAGUUGUACCGACUGGCUCUGCGGCACAGAAUCAUGGAUGUUCCGUUUGAUCCUAUGAGCGAUGGUAGGCGCUGGUCCUGUCCCGGCUACAGACGGUUUUCUUUGUCCUGUGCAUGCUUAUUAGCGUUGAUAAUAAUGAUCAAGGUUCUUUUUCUUUUAUUUGUGUUGGCAAUUCUUUACGAUGUUGGCCAGUACUACAACACAGAAUCCCGGACGUUCAUGGCUUUCUGCGUGACAAGCGAGGUCGACUGCUUGCACCUGGAAUUGGUGUUCUGUAGCCAGCUACUUGAUGAACAACAUGCACUUUCUCUUAAAGUAUUAGUGCAGACACCUAGGAAGCUUCUGAGAACUUACCAUCACCAAUUCAUGUCCUGCCUUGAUUCAGUUUUAUAGUUUUGAACUCUUACUGUGCUGCUUAAGUAUUUUUGGUUUUGUUUUGUUUGUGCAAGUACAUAUAAAUUACUGCAGUACUGAAGCCUUCUUUCACUUGUGAUAUGGAUUAGUUGGUAUAGAUUGUGUUGCCGAGUCAAUGCAAUUUCUGUUCACAUGCACUUUUUGGAAAGAUUAGCUUUUUCUUUCACAUUGCUGAUCUGGUUGUAUUUCUUUAGGUAACCUAUUACAUUACUAAAGCAAACCACUCUAAUACUGUUAGCUCUGAAAUUGCAGACGUUGCAAACAUGAUGAGAGUAUUCUGCACAUGCUGUCAGCGCAUAAAUUAAUGUAACUUUUUCUAAACAUGUCAGUUACGCUAAAGAGGCUGUCUUGCACCCUUAGCAGCACAUAAGACUAAGAGUGUGAUCACUUUCUUUUCAUAAGGAUCAAAUAAAAUUGACUUCUAUCACAUGUGGUAAGUGUAUAAAAAUAUGUUAGCACGGUAGUGCAGCUUGUUUGUUUUCAUAAUGAUCACACAAAAGUAACUUCUACUACACAUGGCCGAGGCAAGAAACGAUAACUAAGUUAACAAGUAAAUAACUCUACUGUGAACCUUUCAAAAAAGCUACAAGGCACAUGUACCUGUAAAUGUUCAGUAUUGCCAAAUGUCGGUCUUUUUGCUACUACUGCUAGGCCCGAGUGAUCAUUUUGUGUUGCACUUAAAGCACCCCACCUCCGCUUUUCUCUUGAUGAAAGUAACGAAAACAAUUUCAUUACUAGUUACUUCUGAUGUUCAAGCUUUAAACGCCUGUACAAGCUCAACCCACUUAGAUCACGCCGUUGUGAGCACAUCUGGUAAGUGUGCUCAUGUGAUCAGAGUCACUGAGUCGUUUUGGAAACUGUCCCAAGACGACCAUUUGGGAUUUGAACAUGCAUAAUAUUAUCAGUACUGCUCACAAGUGUGGAGAUUGCUUCUCACAAUUUCUAAGCCGAUGACACCUGACAUUUCCUGUGUCCGCUGCUUUCCCUGUUCCAAUUUUGUGAGUGUGUUGAAGGCGUGCUUCAUAUUUAUUUGAAAGAAAACAUUCGCCCAUCCGCAAAAUGGAGUGAUGUGUAAGUGGAACUGAACUCAAUGGGUGUGUGUGUGUGUUCCUAGGAAAGAACAUGGAUGUUUCAAACAGUAAGGUUCAUUGGUAUGUAGUUGUACAGUGCAGUCCACUGUUAAAGGGAACACUCUAAAUGUGCGGCUCUCACUUCACUGGCGCUCUAGCUGCACAGGCUGCCUGAAACUGUGGGGAUGCACCGUACAGGUGUGCAGAAAGGUGCCAGCGUCACCGAGCACGAGUCAUCUGCUGCAAAGCCGGGCAGUUGUAUACUUGCCAGAGGAGAAAAUUCCGCUUUGUUUUUACAUCCCUGCGUUCCAUUCAACGAUUGACCGCACUGUAGCAUCCCAGAAGCACACAGAUACACUUGUUCUAGAGCACUUUAGGCAUUCCCCUUACCGCAGGAACAAAGUGGAGUUGUUUCUGCAUUGUUUUGUUUUCUUCUUUUGCCAUCUCCCAUUGAUUCAGAACAAUGCUGAAAUGGCAACCUGUUUGUAUUAUGCUCUGUGAUGCUUAUGACAACUGCUUAUUGGAGGUCGUGGGGCGAAGCCCUCCAGUGUUUUUUUUGUCACUGUAGCAGCUUGUGUUUUGUGUUCCUUGUGCAGCAUCUUUGGUUCACUGCCUUUGUAAUUGGACUCAAAUACUGCAGAAACCUGUUGUGUUUCAUGUUUAGUUCUGUUUUGUUGUUUUUGUUUUAAGAUUAAUGUUGUUGAUGGCCUUCGCAAAAUUUUAGGCUACACCCUCUUAGUUUGUUGCUUGGCCCUAAAGAACUAUGUUUCCUUCUAGUAAACAAAACGUCACGUGCUUAAAGCUUUCAAGAGCUUUACGUACCAUCUGCCUAAGGCAAAUAUUGUGUUCAGCGGCAUUAGUGGUCGUGCAAGCUAUUUGUGACUGAGUGCUUGUCUGUAAGCUGAGGGACUAAGUCGCCAAACCUUAGUUUCUGGUUAAGUUCAUUAUUUAUUGUGUGGCGCCUAAAGUGUGAUUCAUCAUCUUCCUAUUGAAAAAAAUUCAUAUGCCCAAUAUUUAGUAUGGAAACCUGUGACACAUUAUAUGAACGUAUGGGCACGAUGGAAGAAUAGAUGGAUGUUUCAACGAUGUCUGGGAACAUGUCGGUUGUUCGGGGUUUCCGCGUCUCUCACUAGGGGCCCAACUGGUAAGGAGGCAUCAUUUUUGAGUGUGAAAGCAUGUAACUCUAUGGCGUGGAGAUCACGUGUAUAAAAAUUGGAAAAAGUUACGAUAAAUUGGAUAUAAUAUGGUGUUCAAACAACCAAAGCGGUAACCGCUGUUUAUUUAGGACGCAAAACUGUUACCUUUUCCGCUUCUGGGAUUACUGGGGAGGCACAAUUAAAUAGCUCCUGGGAUUAUGGGCCACGCUUUCAGAGCUCUCCGACGCGAAUUUGCAGUCGCACAUACGGCAAAGCACAGAAAGGCAGUCCCUCAAACAAUUAUUACGCUGUCAAAUCGCUCUUUUAAUUGAACUUUUCAGUGUUACUGAGACAGUGCUUAUGCUUUUCUUUCCCGUAAACUUUUCUUGCAAUGCUGAUGAGAGAGACGGAACUAGUGCAUAAUGACUUUCCAUCAGGUAUACUUACUUCAGUUAUUAAAUUGUGCGAAUGUGCUGAAAUGCACUCGUGGAAUUAAAGAGCAGCUGCUCUAUUAUUCAAGUUGUCCACACAAGGCCACAGAGCGCAAUUUGAUGAAUGCAGCACUUCGCAAAUUUGUCUAUGAAAUGCUACCACCGGGCACUGCGGUGAAAAGAAAGGAAACGCAAGUACACAUCUAUACAAAAUAGAGACAUUUCCGAAAGCGACAGGUUAAUAAUUGCAUUGUGCACGCAAUAGCUAGAAUUACGCGAGAUAAUUUUUUUGUGAGCAGAACAUUUGAUAAAGAGGCGAAUAAAAUACUGCUCUGUGGAGUUGUACUCACAAAUUCGAGAAUUCAAGGGUUCUCAUACAUCCGAAAAGAAAUGUGCACCUAAGGCUUCAACAGCACAGUACUCGCUGUCGCUGCAUGCACAUUGUUGCAUAAUCGAAGUGACAUUGCAGGUAUUUUCAAUUGACACAAGCGCAGCGAGACACCUACAGGGUUGAGAAAACUUCUUGAAUGAUGUCGGGUGACCGCACUACGAAUUGAAAUCCAACAGGUGGAUCAGUUUUUCCAUUGCAGAAAUAGCAUGGCCAACAAUAGCGCGACCCAAUGGACCAUAAUAAAGUUUUUCCAUCCAUCCAUCCAUUCAACAGUAAUGCAGAAACGGCAAGAGCUAGCAGUACUACAUAAGGAGUAACUUUGUGCGUUAUAAGGGCGUUUGCAGCAAAAUAAUAAACGAAAUACGCGAGCACUGCAUUUCACGCCGCUAGUGGAUGAUAGCAAAUGAUGAACCCUAUACUGUAGCACCACUGCCAGUGGAAGAAGAAAGCGCAAACAGAGGCAUAGUUACUCUGUUCUGCAGACAGCGUCAUUGAGACACCUGUCUAUUCUUCCAUCGUGCAUGUGGGAAUCCCAUAUAGAGAUUUGUGUUUCCAUAAAUCGCGUGGGUCAUACCUGAAUUCAUAUAUCAUAUGGGUCAUGUCUGAUAUGGCAACACGGAGGUUUUUGAUAUGGGAUCCCUAUAUGUUCAUAUCAUAUGGGACAUGCUCCAUAUAUGAUAAAUGAAAACAAAGGUUUUUAUAUAAGAUCCCCAUAUGUUCGUUAAAGGAUUAUUGGCUGUGGUCCCGGUCAUCUUUAUGCUGUACAAAUGCGAAACUGAGCACUCUCAAAACGCCAAUAAAUGUGCCGAUUUAUACCCAAUGUUGGGCCACAUUGGCACUGCCCCAUGCAACAUUGGACCUAUGUUGAGCCAACAAUGCCUCAUUUUUAGUAAUACUUGGUCAUGUACAGAAGCUGGGAUUGGUAUCGAUGGUGACUGUGUUGAAGCUGAUCAAGUGCGAAAUCUGCAACCACUGAAAUCUUAAUUCAAGCAUGGGGGAACUGCAGGUGGUUUUCAUGCUGCGGGAUGUCAUGUAAAAUUUAUCAUGCAAGUAUGGUGUACAUGGUUUAAGGUGCAGGAUGCGAGAUCACACAAGGUACUUUGCAUGAUUUGGCCGUAUCCCGAUGCGCACACACUCGUCAUAGUGCUGAAUCUAAGGCCCUGCACUUGUGUUAUGGAAUUUUGUUCAUUGCCUACUGUGAAUUGCCGACGUACCGUUAUAUCCCGAGUCAUCUUCCACCACUAGCCUGGUAUACGUAAUUCGUAAAAAAAAAAUAGAAGGCAGGAGGCAGUGUCUCCGUUCGGAAGCUGAAAAAAAAUUAUAUUCCAGUGUGAAUAAUUUUCGAAAGUGACAGACACGCCUUGUGUAAACAUUUACGACUGGUGUGUAAUGUGUGCUUUCACAAAGAACAUCAAGUAGACAAAAUGUAGAAGCUGUAGAUAAUUUGGCAUCGCUGAGGUACACCAGUUGUGAUAUUGGAACACCGGGUAGAUACAUGUUCAAGAGCAGCAGCCCUAGCUAGUGGUGGCAUGCUGUGACGCGGUGUGCCGUCUUCAGCACAUAAAUAUGGUGACUGCGAGUUCUGAGCACUCGUGGAUGUCGCUGAAAUUCAGAGGUUCCACAUAAAGCUUUGCGCAGAAUUAACAUCACUUGCAGUUGAUGCAUCCAACUAGCUUUGAGGUAGCUGAUAGCUGAUCUUAUCUUUAGCACCGCGGGAUAAGUGGAGGAAAUGUUAAAUAUAUUGUCUCUCUUGUGAACUUGAGGAGGGCCAUGACCAUGUGUCCGGUAAAUUCGAGCUCAUGGUCUUUGCAUUUCAAGUUCUUUGCAUUUUGAUAGAACGCAUUGUCACAAGAUGUCACUUAUGCUGCUGCUCCCCUCUAGUUUCUGAUACUGCAGUGAAACCUAGUUGUAACGACAUCACAUGUGAUGCAAAUGCCUUCAUUGUAUCCAAUAGUUAUAAGCAUAAAUUCAUUAUAUGCUGAUAUCGGCAAGCAGCAUUUGAAUUGCUUCGUGAUAUCCAAUAAUUUGUUAUAUCUCUGCUUUGUUAUACUGAGGUUCGACUUGCACGUUUAUGCUAUUACAAGCCUCUGCUAUGCUAAAGCUCUCUAAUGUGUACCAUCGCACUGUGCGAUCUCUGGGCCUUCUGUGGGUGUGGGUCAGUGUAAUUGGUGAAGUUGACAUCUUGCAACAAAGGUGGCAAAAGCAGUCUCUCGUCAGUGAGUGAUGACUCGGGAUAUUGCAGUACUUCUUACAGGAGUCCGUGUUGCCAGCAUCUUGUGGAAUGCUCUGUCAAGCGUGCAGCUGGAGUAGGAGGUGGUGGAUAACCUAUGCAGUGUUGGAAGUGUGUCAACGUGACAAUGCUUUGCUGUCUCUUUUGACAUUGGCAUUUCGGCCAAGUGCAAGGACAGUUUGCCACGAACUUCUUUCUUCUUUUGCUAGGCACUUUGAUCAGCUGGGCUGUGACACUGUGUAUUAAAAAGAUGGCUGCGAGAUUCUUCAGUAAAACAACGGGCUGUGUACU